ACCCCGAGGGUCUCAACCGCUGAAUCCCCAACCUCCCUUCUCCACUCUCUCCCUCUCCAUCUCCCUCCAGAUCUCGCUCGCCAUGGACCUCCUCGACGCGGGCCACCGCCACUCGUCGGAACUUCCCGCCGCCGGCGCCGACAUGGAAGGCGCUUCAGUGCUUCCGCUCUCCGGAGCUGCCUACCAGCCCUACGUCUCCGAGCUCCUUUCCUUCUCCAUCGAGCGCCUCCACAAGGAGCCGGAGCUGCUGCGGGUGGACGGAGAGCGGGUGCGGCGGCAGAUGCAGGAAGUGGCGGUGGAGAACUACGCCGCCUUUAUAGCCGCCUCCGAGGCGCUCUCCUUCGUGCGGGCACAGCUCGAGGGGUUCGACAAGCACCUCGAGGCACUGGUAGAGGAGAUACCCAAUCUAACAUCUGGUUGCACCGAGUUUGUUGAGUCAGCACAUCAAAUUUUGGAAGAGAGGAAGCUCAAUCAGACAUUACUAGCCAACCACAGUACCUUGCUUGACCUGCUUGAAAUCCCACAACUUAUGGACACAUGCAUACGGAAUGGAAACUAUGAUGAGGCACUCGAUCUAGAAGCUUUUGUGAGUAAAAUUUCGAAGUUGCACCCUGAUUUACCUGUCAUCCAAGGAUUAGCUGCUGAAGUCAAGAAGACGAUACAAUCACUAAUUUCUCAGCUUCUCCAAAAGCUUCGAUCAAAUAUUCAGUUACCCGAAUGCCUCCGUAUUGUCGCACAUUUGCGCCGGAUUGGAGUGUUCAGUGAAUCAGAAUUACGCCUACAGUUCUUGAGAUGCAGGGAAGCUUGGCUUUCUGGGAUUCUUGAUGAUCUGGACCAAAGGAAUGUAUAUGAUUAUCUGAAAGGCAUGGUGUCUUGCCACAGGACACAUCUAUUUGAUGUUGUCAAUCAAUACCGAGCGAUAUUCAAUAAUGAUAAAUCCGGAAGUGAAGAGAACAGUGAUGGUGGGCUGCUUUUCAGCUGGGCAAUGCACCAAGUUAGUAAUCACCUCACCACUCUUCAAGUUAUGUUGCCAAAUAUAACGGAAGGUGGGUCUCUGUCAAACAUGCUUGAAAACUGCAUGUAUUGUGCGAUGGGUCUUGGCUUGGUUGGACUGGAUUUCCGUUGCCUGCUUCCACCAAUUUUUGAAAAUGCGGUAUUAAAUUUAUUCUCGAAGAAUAUGAGUACAGCGGUUGAGAAUUUUCAGGUUGUCUUGGAUUCACAUCGUUGGGUGCCGAUGCCAUCUAUUGGCUUUGUCACAAAUGGAGCUGUGGAUGAUACUUCUGAUGAUGUGACACCACCUUCUGUUUUGAUGGAGCAUCCACCUCUUGCAGUGUUUGUUAAUGGUGUUUCUGCAGCAAUGAAUGAGCUAAAACCAUGUGCACCAUUGAGCUUGAAGCAUGUCCUUGCUCAGGAGGUGGUGAAAGGAUUACAAGCAGUUUCUGACUCCCUCGUCAGAUACAAUGCCAUGCGGAUGCUGCGUGGAAAUGAGUCUUCCCUUUUCCUCUCACUUUGCCAGGCAUUUAUUGAGGUCGCAUAUCCUUAUUGUGCUGCAUGUUUUGGACGAUGCUACCCCAACGGAGGAGCGCUGAUCACAGAGUGCCCCAGCUUAUUGGAUGCUGUCAGCCAACUACCUAUAAGAUCAGGUUCUGGGAUCAGCGGCACUGAUCGAAAGCCGUCAGGAGACAUCGAAAGAAGGCAGUCCGGAGGCAUUGAAAGAAAGCAGUCGGAAGGCAUUGAGAGAAGGCAGUCAGGAGGCAUUGAAAGAAGGCAGUUGAUCGAGAGUGCCGGGACUGCGGCCUCUGAGAACGGACUUGUAACCAAUGGCCCCGAGCCAGAGGUGACCAGCGACGCAGGAACCGCAGCUGCCGGGACUGGUGCCCACAUGCAGACCUAUGCACCCGCAAACGCAUAGCUUGAACCGCGUUGAUGGAAUCUGUCGAAGUUCUUGUUAAGUUGAGCCAUUGCUGCAAGACUAUGUUCAUCGACAGUUUGGUUCAUUAUUUUUGGUCGUGGUCUUACAGUGUACACAAGAGAGCGUUGGAUGUUAAUCUGUACAAUACACAAUUGGAAAUUUAGCUGUUCAUCUCUAGCCCAUACGUAGAUGUUGUAGACCGGAGAUUGUUUCGGACUGACAAUAAGUUGAUAAUAUGAAGCAAGUGCUCUAUGUUGUUGAAUGCA